CUCACUGCGGCUUCCUUCGUUCCAUAAUGUCGUUUCUGGUGGGAACUGCCUCUGGUGCCCUGGUGGCGGGUGGCGUGUACUACGGCCUCUCCUCCAUGAUAUCGACGAGGGCGGAGCAGCAUCGUUUUGACUUGCACCACUUAUCGGAGCGCCUGGUGAACGCGUCGUCCGAUAUACCAGCACCUACUCCCGCAGCAGCGCGGAUACCCCAACGACACUUCGUAUCCAUGCUCCAGAAUAGCUGGAACAGCCAGGUCGAGGCGCUCUUCCGACACUCCGGAGACCUAGACCAGCGAGUUGUAGAUUGGGCGCGGAAGACGUUGUACGGUGGAGAAGCCGACCGGGCAAAGCCAGAGUAACCUUCGCCGCUGCACGCCGUUACCGCCUACCUGGGUAUAGACCAUAUCCUAUGCCCGCAAUGCCCGCACUUCGUGUAGCCCGAGGCCGUUCAAGCUGAUUGUGAGCGGGUAUCUAUGUUUUCGUGGUGUCCUGAGACUACUUGCCAGCGUUCGGUUACACCGGCCACCUGUUGAUGGAUCCGCAUGGUACGGUGUGCAAUACACCCACCACCGUUAGGCUUCCCGCAAGAUUGCGCCCGUACAAACAGACAAUAUGCUGGAGCGGCAAUCUUGAACACGAAGCUAUCCCUCCGGGGGAUUGUGCUGACGUCGCGCUCCCGAUGGCCGUCAAAUAUGUCGUUGGCGCAUCUACACUCCGUUCCACUCGCA